ACCGGUGCGCCCGGCGGCGCGGCGCGGCCAUGGCGCUGUUCCGCAUCCGCAGGUAUGGGGAAGAAGAGGAGGGGAGCGAGGCGGAGGACCGGGCUCGGGUCCUGCUGGAGCGGCUGCGGCAGCAGGCGAGGGCCCGGCAGCUGAAGAGGCAGCAGGAGGCCCAGCCCGAGGGAGGAGAAGACGAGCUGUGCGGGGGAACCGGCCAGGGGGACGCGGGGCAGAGCCCUGAGGGUAAACCCGGGGAAGGAGCAAGAAAGAGGAAAGGGGAGAGCGAAGAAGAGGCCUGUGCGCAAGGGCAGAAGAAGCUAAAGAAGAAACAGCAGCAUCGUAGCUCUUCUGAAGGAAGGGAGGAUGCUGAGGAGGCGGCAGAUGGCAGCACCUCCUCGAAGAAGAGAGAAACCAGGAAAAAACCCCAAGUGCCCCAAGAGAGAGCUGAAGCAGAUUCUGAAGGUGACAUCCAACAACAAGGAAACAAAAGCAACCUUAAAAAUAAGUAUUUUAAGAGGAAAAAUGAGAAUGAAGAAACAGAGGGAGCUGAAACAAGAGAGAAAGAGGAGAGUGAAAGAGCUGAAGGAAGUCAAAGUGCAGAGGAGGAGCUGUCCCUAGCAGCCUCUGAGGAGGAGGCAGAUCCUCCACCCUCCAGUUUGAUGGUGCUUGGAGACUAUGACAUAAAGCCAGUGCAGAAGGUUCAGCCCUUUUUACCACAGUGGCUUGCUCAACCCAAGCUAGUGAAGAAACGUAUCAAGGACAACCUAGUUCCAAUUGGAGAUGUCCCAGGAGUUCAUCCUUGGCUGUUGAAGAAGCUGAAAAUGAAUGGGAUAGAGUCUUUUUUCCCAGUUCAGGCAGAGGUGAUUCCUGCUGUUCUGCAGAGUGCAUCCAGCGGGUACCUGCUGGGGCGAGGAGGCUACCGCCCCAAGGACAUCUGUGUCUCAGCACCCACAGGCAGUGGUAAAACCCUGGCUUUUGUCAUCCCCAUAGUGCAGGUUCUGCUAGAUCGAGUAGUGUGCCAGGUACGGGCUCUGGUGGUUCUGCCCACCAAAGAGCUGGCACAGCAGGUGAGUAAAGUCUUCAACGUCUACACUGAUGGGACGAGCCUGAAGGUCGUUCUGAUUACUGGCCAGAAAGCUUUUGCCAAGGAGCAGGAGAUGCUUGUCCAGAAGAGAGUGACAGGUUACUGCAGCCUGGCUGACAUCAUUGUGGCCACGCCCGGGCGGCUCACAGACCACAUCAGCCAGACCCCCGGGUUCAGCCUGGCACAGCUGCGCUUCCUGGUCAUAGAUGAAGCUGACAGGAUGAUUGAUGACAUGCACCAGAACUGUCUGAACCAGAUUGUCAAGGCUGCAUUCCAGACAGGAAACGACUCUAGCUCCAGCAUGCUUUUUCAGAGGACCAAACCAGGGCCUCUAACAGCAGCCAGCUCCUGCUCUCCUCAGAUACCCUUACAGAAACUGCUGUUUUCAGCUACACUGACCCAGGACCCUGAGAAGCUGCAGCAGCUGGAUUUAUUCCUGCCUUGCCUCUUCACAUCUGUCUACUCUGAGCAAAAAACACUUGGAGAUGGACCAGAGACUGAGCAGGAUUCCAACAGCAAAUACACACUCCCCGAGGAGCUCUCGCAACAUUAUGUGCCUUGUGACCUGAACUCCAAGCCUUUGAUCCUCCUGCAUUUCAUGCUGAGAAUGAAAUUCACCCGAGUGCUGUGCUUUACCAACUCCAGGGAGGCUUCUCACAGGUUGUUCCUGCUGGUUCAGGCCUUUGGUGGGGUCCCUGUGGCUGAAUUUUCUUCUCGGCUAUCUCCAAGCGAGCGGCAGAGAACCAUGAGGGAAUUUGAACAAGGGAAGAUACAACUGUUGAUCAGCACAGAUGCCACUGCCCGAGGGAUUGAUGUGAAGGAGGUGAACUAUGUCAUCAACUACGACGCGCCGCAGUACAUCAGGACCUAUGUUCACCGAGUUGGAAGAACAGCUCGUGCAGGGAAAGUGGGCACUGCCUUCAGCUUGGUGCUUAGGAUCCAGGAGCGAAGGUUCCUGCGGAUGUUGGGGGAUGCUGGCAUCCAGGACAUCAAGAGGCAGACAGUGAAGGGCAACUCCUUAAAGCCGUUGGUGCAGCAGUAUGAAGAAGCUCUCUGUAAGCUCGAGAAGACAGUCAAGAGUCCCUUCUGUGUGACCCCUGAGACAGGGAGGAGCAUCUUCAGUCACCUCACCUUCCAUUUUGAACAGAACGAGAGAGCUCAGAAACGAGCCUGAAGGAGAGGAAGCUGAGAAGAGUGUCCUGUGGCUCCAGAGCUGCUCGCUGGCAGAGGUCAGGGGCUGCCACCCAGCGCAGAAGAUCUGAGCGGACUCACCGGUUGUGUCUGGGAUCUUAGCGUAUUCAAGUGAGCAAUUCUGGGCUGCAUUUCCCUUCCAAGGACACUGCAAGCAGAGUUCAGGUGUGGUUUAAAAAAAGAAGUUUUGAGAUACUCCUAUCUGGAAGAGAACUUUGCAUCCUGUCAGCUGGCACCUGGAAAGCUACCCCCAGGGGCAAGAGGAGCCACAACACAGCUGUGGGGCAUGGGCCCAAGGGAACUGAUGGUCUCUGGGGGUCAGGGCUGUGCCCUUCUUGCCUUUGGACAGGGCCAGCUCCUGCCUCAGGCUUGCUGCACAAGCAGCUCUCUCUGCAAAUGCACAGAGACCUGUUCAGUGCCUCUGGUCUGGCUGAAGAGCUGCUGCAGGCUCAAGGAACUGCAACUUUUAAAGAACUGCUCUGUGGUUUUAUAACUAUGUCUGAUGAAGAGCUCUGCUGAGAGGGCUGGAGGAGGUGUUAAAAAUCUUUUUCACUUCUGCGCUCUUGUGCCUUUCUUGUCAUCUCCUUGCCUACCUUGGUCCCUUCCCCCAUUCAGUGCCAGUGGUAGUGUUAAAAUUGAGCCACCAAAAACUCAGAGAUAAGCUUGAGGAGUUUUAUUUUGGCAAGCAAGGAGCAGCGCUGGGCGCAGGGGAGGUCAGCUCCGCAGCUGCGCACUGCACACAUGCAGCUGCAGGAGUUUUAUUUCCCACUCACACGUUCACAGAGCAGUUCAGUGCAUAAUCAGACACUUCCCGAGGGGGUUGUGGUUUUUCCUGGAACGGUUGCACAUGCCUGCUCAUCCUCCUGGGGGUCUCUCUGGUGGUCGUGAGGCUGAAGUAACGACUCUUCCUCAGGUGUCUUUGUGACUCAGCUAUGUGCGUCUGUGCAGUCACCUGCUUUACGGUCUCUUAUCUACCAUGCCGAUGGCGUUUUCUGUUGCCGUUGGUCCCUAGCCUUGCUCAGCUCUGGCACACCCCUGCUUUGUUCAUGUCCCCUAUUCACAGCACUUUGUUAUCACUGGUAGGUUUCAACGCCUCCAGCUUAGCUCUGACACACCCUGCUCUGCCGUUCUCAUAGUGACAUUUUCUCACAUUCUUACAUUCUGCUUUGCCAUUCUCUUAUUUUUCACAGUAGCAGCUGGUUGGCUUGGUUGGCUGGUGUUAAUGCAGACAAACCUGGUGUGCAGUGUGAAUAUACUAGAGUCAGCACACAGCCACUGCCAGCCACAGAUCUGCCUGGCACAGCACACUGCUACUUCUAGCUGCCCCUGACAGAAGGUUUAAGAGCUGCCAUGUAGCUGCAGCCUUGCAGCUAUCCUCCAGGACCUUCAGCAGGAAACAGUUCAGCUCUGGCUCAUUGUUUUGUAAACCAAAAUAAAGACACAACAGCGUUA